AGAUGCAGUGAAUUGAAUCGACAAAAUGGCACCGUAUUUUGGCCUGAGAGGGCCUGCCCUCAAUCGAGCGAUUAUCUGGCUGGUUGUCUGUCCGGCUUUCGUCUGUUAUGGAUACAAUCAAGGCGUCACGGGCGGCUUGUUGACGCUCGAGUCAUUUGCGUUGACGUUUCCUGAGAUGAACACGUUGACUACGACUGGAGCGCAGCGGCAUCAGAAUUCGACGAUCCAGGGCACUGUCGUGGCUCUGUAUACUGUAGGGGGCAUAUUCGGGUCACUCUCAUGCAUCUAUCUUGGCGAUCUGCUCGGUCGUCGUCGCGUCAUCUUCAUCACCUCCGCCGUCUCCAUCAUCGGCGCCAUCCUCAUGGCCACAUCCUUCGGUCUCGCCCAAUUCAUCGUCGCUCGACUGGUUCUCGGGCUGGGAACGGGCGGUUAUGUCGCUACCGUGCCGGUCUGGCAGGCGGAAAUCUCCAAGGCAGACCGUCGGGGCGCACACGUCGUGACGGACGGGAUCUUCAUCGGUGCUGGCAUCACCAUCUCGCUGUGGAUUGACUUUGGGUUCUAUUUCGUCACUGGCAAUUCGGUCUCGUGGCGGUUUCCUCUCGCCUUUCAGAUCGUCCUGUCUCUCGUCGUGAUGGUGUUUGUCGUGCUGUUCCCGGAAUCGCCCCGGUGGCUGGUCAAAAGGGGACGACAGGAAGAGGCACGCGAGAUCCUGGGGGCUCUCGCUGAUCUGGAUCCUCACGAUGAGGCUGUCAGCACUGAUAUCCGCGAUAUCGAGCUGUCGCUUGCUUUGUCUGGGUCUGGAUCAUGGAAGGACAUGUUCUCGAUGGGCGAGCAGCGUCUCUUCAACCGGACUGUUCUCGCUGCGACUGCGCAGUUCUUCCAGCAGAUCUGCGGCAUCAACCUCAUCACAUACUACGCAACGACCAUCUUCGAACAAUAUCUCGGUCUCACACCCCUGCAAUCUCGCAUCCUCGCCGCCGCAAUGACCCUCACCCAGCCCCUCGGCGGCUUCCUGGCCUUCUUCACCAUCGACCGACUCGGCCGUCGCGUGCUCAUGCUCUGGAGCGCAGCAGGCAUGUCCAUCUCCAUGGCCAUCCUCGCCGGCACAACCUCGGCAACACACAACACGGGCGCACUCGUCUGCGCCGUCGUCUUCCUCUUCGUCUUCGAAUUCAUCUUCACGGUCGGCUACUCGGGCUUGACCUUCCUCUACGCAACCGAGGUCGCCCCCUUACAGCUCCGCGCAGCAAUCAGCGCCGUCGCAACAGCAGCAGUAUGGACAUUCAACUUCCUAGUCGCCGAGGUGACGCCUGUCGGAUUCGACACGAUCUCAUGGCAGUAUUAUAUCGUGUUUGCGGUGAUCAACGCCGCCAUCAUACCCACGGUGUACUUUUUCUUCCCUGAAACCAACGGCCGCACCCUGGAGGAGAUUGAUGAGAUUUUCCUGCAGUCAAAGACGGUGCUCGAUCCGCCGCGGAUGGCGAGGAGAUUGCCCCGGAUGCAUAUUGCGGAUGCGCAGGUGGUGGAUGUCGAGACGAUCAAGGAGGAGAAGAAGGGUGGAUAGGCUGGUCCUUACUCCUUAAUGAUUUAUGAAUUACUUUACUCUUUGGUUCAAUGGUUAUCCAAAUCCUGCAAUACGAUAGUAACCUUCUCCUGAUGAACAUAUCACUAUCAGGUCAGGUAUAUUCGAAUGCUCCAGAUUAUCAGCAAUAAACCUUAUAGUUUCAUGUCCCCCUACAAAUAAUCAGCUGACAGAGCGUGUAAUGUAUUAUAAAGUCUUGC